UUAUCUAAUGUCAAAUGUCAUAAACAACGAGACGCCAAAUUCUGACCAAGCCAAUUUUUUAACACCGGCAAUUUUGUCCAAAUAAUUUGUGCAUAAAUAGUGAAAAUAAUAAAUACACAAACUCAAAAUGAGUGCAGGCAACAUGCUAUAUGGUGGUGAUGAAAUUGGAGCACUUGUUUUCGAUCCAGGACAUCACUCACUACGAGUGGGUUAUGCGCAGGAGGACACACCGAAGGCUGAGAUUCCUUCUGUGGUUGGGGUUGCACCAUCAGCACCAGAUACAAAUAUGGAUAUAGAAACAAAAACGGAUAGCAACAUAACACAGAAUAAUGCUGAUGCACGUAAAUACUAUGUAGACACGACGUAUGUUAAUGUACCACGUACUCAAAUGGAAAUACAGACAUACAUGAAAGAUGGUAUGAUCGACAAUUGGGAUUUAUUUGAAAAAGUUAUUGACUACACCUAUGCCAAAGUCAUACAAUCGGAACCCGAAUAUCAUCCAGUGUUGUUUUCCGAAGCUUCAUGGAAUGUACGAAAUAAUCGUGAAAAAUUGACAGAGCUUAUGUUUGAAAAAUACAAUGUACCCGCUUUCUAUUUGGUUAAGAAUGCAGUGUUGGCCGCAUUUUCUAGUGGUCGUGCUACCGCUUUGGUUGUAGACAGUGGUGCUACACACACCUCUGCAGUGCCCGUGCACGAAGGAUAUGUGCUUUCACAGGCAGUGGUGAAAUCACCACUUGGCGGUGACUACUUAUCAAUGCAGUGUCGCCAACAUCUCGAAAAACAAGGUAUUGAUUUAUCUCCCGCAUACAAAAUAGCAUCAAAAGAUGUGGUUAAAGAACGUGACGCUGCGCGUUUUACAUUACGAAAAUUGCCAGAGAAUUUGACACAGUCUUGGCAAAAUUAUAUGCUUAAGUCACUGUUACAAGAUUUCCAAAUGAACAUCUUGCAAGUAUUGGAGAAUCCAUAUGAUGAACGUGUGGCGGCACAAAUACCUAGCGUACAUUAUGAGUUUCCCAAUGGCUACCAUCAGGAAUUCGGCUCAGAACGUUUCAAGUUGGCUGAAAGUUUAUUUGAUCACGCCAUGCUCGGUGCUGGGCAAUUAGCAUCCACGAGUGUGGGUAUGUGCGAUGCAGAUGUACGUUUAUCACUCUUCGGCUCUGUUGUGGUAACUGGAGGCAAUACACUAUUGCAAGGUUUCCCAGAACGCCUUAAUCGUGACUUACAACUGAGAGCUCCAUCUAAUACACGUUUGAAGAUGAUUUCCGCCAAUGGCAGUGUAGAACGACGUUUUGGCGCUUGGAUCGGUGGUUCAAUAUUAGCUAGUAUUGGUACAUUCCAGCAAAUGUGGAUAUCGUCUCAGGAAUAUGAAGAAUCUGGCAAAGGUCAGGUGGAACGUAAAUGUCCUUAGAGAGUGGUUGAAUUUAUGUGACCAAGCAAUUUACUAUUUUAUAUUCAAAGAUAAAUGCUUAUAAUUACGAAAGUAACAAUAUAAAUACUAAAAAAUGU